ACUCAAACCCUCAUAACUCCAAAGAACACGUUACAACAGUUCGCGUUCCUAUACUGGAUUCAGGUACCAUCGUGACCAUUCUCAGGGUCCAGCGAUACCAAUCAAGCUAGGCCCUGGACCCCACGUCGCGAAACUGCGGUGAGGAUCAACCAUCUGAUCCCUGCAUAACCCCUCCAAAAUAUAGCUGCCGCCAUUUCAAGUCCGCCAUUGUUCCCUUGCCUUCUUCCAAGACACAUUUGCAACUCUUAUAAUCCUCCACUUGCACACGAUACCGGCAACGAUCCAACAGUACACGUCUGAUCAAUAUGGCUCUCGCCGCAUCCGUGUACCCUCCGCUCGACAAGCGUCCCUUCAAGAACACAGUCCUCCUCUUCGAUGUCGACGACACGCUCACAAAGCCUCGCCAGCUCGUCAGGCCGGAGAUGCUCCAAUUGCUCUCGGAGCUCCGCCACAAGUGCGCAGUCGGAUUCGUAGGUGGCUCAAACCUCGUAAAGCAGCAAGAGCAGCUCGCUACUCCCGAUGUCAACGUCACCUCCCUAUUCGACUUCUGCUUUGCCGAGAAUGGCCUCACUGCGUACCGGCUGGGACAAGAGCUAGCUAGCCAGAGCUUCAUUGGGUGGAUUGGGGAGGAGAAGUACAAGAAGCUGGUCAAGUGGAUCCUUCAUUAUAUCGCCGACCUCGACAUUCCCAUCCAGCGCGGAACUUUUGUCGAAUUCCGCAAUGGCAUGAUAAACGUCUCCCCAAUCGGCCGUAACGCCUCCACCGAAGAGCGCAACGAGUACCAAAAAUUCGACCUUGCUAAUAACAUUCGCACCACCAUGGUCGCAAAGCUCAAGGAAACCUUCCCCGACUUCGGCCUCACCUACUCCAUCGGCGGCCAAAUCUCAUUCGACGUCUUCCCCACUGGCUGGGACAAGACCUACUGCUUACGACACAUCGAGGGCGAGAAGGACAGGACGGGAGUUGUAUAUGAUAAGAUUCAUUUCUUCGGUGACAAGGCGUAUGAGGGAGGCAAUGACUGGGAGAUUUACAGUGAUGAGAGGACGAUUGGGCACAAGGUUAAGAAUCCGGAAGAUACGUAUGCGCAGUUGCAGGAACUGUUGAAGAGCUUCCAGUAGACUAGGUCGCUGGGGUAGAAAUUUCUAGAGCAGUUUAUGAGACAUGAACCUGCAAGGGAUUAGAAGCUACGAUUCUAGACGCAUCUGACAUAGACAAAAGUACUUUGUCGUAUCUUAUGAAUGAAUGUUGCUAUGCUAGUUUCGAAUCUUGACUUGAAAAUGAAGUAGACGAGAUGUCCAAGUACUCCCUCAUUGCAUUAAGUCACCAGAGAAGAAGGCAAGAAGUCAAAUUCAAUGUACAACAGUCGUAAUAGUUCGUUAUCUAAUAAGUU